CCCGGAUGUCACAAAAUGGAGUGGCUAAGACAGCAGUAUCGAUCUCGAAUGUUACAGGAUGUGGGAAGCACCAGAGGCGUUGUCAAUAGAAUAAAUCGUGUGCCCAUAUUUCAGUCAAUGUUUCAGCAACCGGACCGUCUUCCUGUGCAUUUGAAAGGGCCAAGAGAUAGGCUUAUAUACAACGCUCUGAUGGUCGUGUCUGUCAUCGGUGUUGGUCUAACGUUCAUGCAAUUGGCUAGGAUGUCAACUGGACAACUUAGAAAAGUUUAAUUAAUGGAAGUGCAGACUUGAGACUUGUACAUGUUUAUGGUAGUUGCAUAGCUACUGCUCUGUGUCUCUGUAUGUGGGUAGUAUAACUGGGAGAUGUCUGAAAAUGUAAGAAGGGACAAACGUGACGUUGUCCUCUAUAAUAUUGUUAAUUGCAUGAGCCAUGGUGUGUUCUUUGCCUUUCCAGGGUUCAACUAAUUUACUUUCAUUUCGAUGGUGA